AUGUAUCAGCUGGUAUUACAAUGCUUCGAAAAGGCAUGCGGCUCGGAUCACACUUCAACGCUUGAUACAAUCGGCAAUCUCGGAAACCUUUACGCAGAGCAGGGAAAGCAUGAAGAGGCGGAGGCCAUGUACCAACAGGCUUUACGAGGUUAUGAGAAGGCAUGGGGCCCGGAUCACAUGUCAACGCUCAACACAAUUGGCAGUUUUGGAAACCUUUACGCAGAGCAAGGAAAGUAUAGAGAGUCGGAGACCAUGUACCAGAGGGCAUUACAGGGCUAUAAAAAGGCAUGGGGUCCUAACCACCCGUUAACGCUUGAUACAGCUAACAGUAUCUGCCUUCUUUAUCUAGACCAGGGGAAAGAUAAAGAGGCGGAAGAAAUGUACCAACAGGCGUUACAAUGCUAUGAACAGGACUAG